AUAGUAAAGAAGAGAAGCGCCUCCCUCACCUCUCCUCUCCACGCCUCCCUCCAGCAACAGAAAGUUUCUGAGAGAAGUCCCAGACUCGGUUCCUGUGAGUACCAUGGCGGGCUUCCCAGAAGUUGCUGGCCUUUAGACACCAAAUGCAUGUGCUGCCUUAACACAGACCAUGGCAUCAAACCUGACAAAAUUCAUCCAUUCCCUGGAUCCAAGAACCCUCCCCAGGGUCCUCCAAAUCCAGUCAGGCAUCUACUUCCAAGGCUCCGUUUAUGAAAUGUUUGGAAAUGAAUGCUGCCUGCCAACCGGAGAAUUGAUUAAAGUUACUGGGUUCAAAGUUAAUAAGAUCAUUGCAAGCAUCUGCGAGAGUAAUGAAGACAACCAGUGCUCAGCCAGAAUUGAAUUGCCCCUGAAUUUUCCAGGUCUUUGUAAGAUUGUGGCUGAUAAAACUCCAUAUCUCAGCAUUGAAGAAAUCACAAGAAAGGUUUCUAUUGGGCCAACGCGACUGGGCCAUCCUUGCUUCUAUUGCAAUGAAGACAUAAAACUGGCAAAUCUCACCGUCAAACAAGGUGAGCAGAUCAUGUUCAACUCCGUGGAAGAGGUCAACGGGACACUGACUGUGAACUGCGGAGUGGUAAGAGAUAACCAGUCUCACUCCUUUACUUUGCCAUUCUCACAAGAAGGAGAGUUCUAUGAAUGUGAAGAUGACCAUAUUUACACCCUGAAAGAGAUUGUUGAAUGGAAAAUCCCAAAAAGUAGAAACCGGAUUGUGAAAUUUACCAAUCUGUUACAUACAUGGGACUCCUCUAAUCCACUUCCUGAGAAUUUUGAUGGCUGUCUGAUUCUAGCACCAAUCUACGAAGUACAAGGAGUGAUGAAAUUUCGAAGGGAUAUAGUUCAUAUCCUCUCUGAUCUAGACAUUGAAGUCAUAGAUGUAACAGACGGUUAUGAUAUUAGCUCUUUCCUUCAGCCAUUAUCCAUGGAAGAUGUAUUUGAAAGGACAAGCAAAGAAUUUCCGAUGGUUGCUGAGGUUAUAGAAGGGCCCACAGGAAGACAGCAACCUUAUAAUUUAUUAUGUCCUGGGAAAGAAAUUGUCAUUCACAAAAAGUACCAGGCAAAAAGAAUCCUUGCAUCUGAGAUCAGAAGUGAUUCCCACAGAAGACACUUUUUAAUUCCUGCCAGCUACAAAGGAAAGUUCAAGAGAAGACCUCGGGAGUUUCUAACUGCCUAUGACCUGGAGAUAGCAAGAAGUGACAAGGAGCAGCUUCAUGUUGUAGCAACUAAAGCCUUUGAUUCUCCCCAUGCAGAAUUGUUUUCUGUUUCCGUUGGAGACCAGUUUCUAGUUCAACAGUGCCAGACUGGUGAAGUCAUAUACCAGGGAAGGAAGAAAGUGAUAGAUGUUUUGGCCUGUGAACAAAUACUAAGUGAGGCCUAUAAGAAAGUGCUUCUUCCUAUGUAUAUGGAAGGUGGCUUUGUUGAAGUGAUUCAUGACAAGAGACAGUACCAGCUUUCAGAGCUUUGCAAAGAGUUCCGCUUGCCCUUUAAUGUCAAAGUGUCUGUGAGGGAUCUCUCCAUUGAGGAGGAUGUCUUGGCUGCUAUGCCUGGACUGCAGCUUGAAGAAGAAAUCACAGACUCCUACUUGCUAAUCAGCAGUGCUGGUGAUCCUGCGGACAGUUGGGAAAUUCCUGUGUAUCGUCUAAAUAUGUCUGUUCAGUUGCUCAGCAAACCUGUUGACGAAACUGUAUCCUCCCCAACUAGGACUAUUGUGGAAGAGAUCAGUGAAGAACAAUAUUACAUGGUGAGGAGAUUUGAAAACCAAGCCCUACACCCACCACCCAGACCUCCCAAAAAGCCAACAACACUGGAAUCAAAACCUCUUCUCACUAUGCCAGAGCAAAGUGUGUCAGAUGCACCGCAUGCUGUGAAGAAUCUCUAUGUAGACACCACUAAGAAACCGUGCUCAGACCAAGCUACUGCUGUUUCAGAAUUACAAGUUAGUUGUCAGAAUGAUUUAGUGCACUGGGAGAAUGAGGACGACGUGACUGGGACAGCAACAUUACUGGACACCAGUGUGAUUAAAGGUCCAAUAAACAAUAUGCUUCUGACGUAUGGAACAGAAAAGGAACUGGAGGAAAAGCACACCUAUGAAUAUGUGGAUGAAAACGUAAUUGAAAACAUAAGGAAAAAAUUCCAAGAAAGCACAGUUCAUCAUAAAACGUAUCCCCUGAAGAAGAAGAAGGAAGAAACCUCUAAAAUGGAAUAAUACUGAAAUUAACCCGAAAUGACUGGAAAACUGCAUAUAUUAUGUAAUAAGAUCAUCCACAACUACAAGAACAAACGAAUCACGAAAGAAGCACCGUCUUCCUUCUGUCUCAUGAAGAGCACCCAAGGCUGCAAUUCAACUACACCAAGCCCCUGAGAAACUAAACUACUUUCACAAUCAUAAAUAAAAAGUCAUGCACGGUACUGGUUCCCCUAGUAAAUAUUUAUUCACAAAUUCAUAUAAUUAUGCCAAUUAGGAUACAAUUUUGCCUUCUCAGUGCACCCAAAACACCCAUUGAUUUCCUAGGCCACUGUAUGGCACUUGCUCCAGGCCAAUUCCUUAUUCUAAAGUGUCCUAUAAUUGUAAAUGUUUUGGGGAGAGAGGGUAAAGUAAUUCCUCAUUUAAUUAAACAAUUGCAAAUGUUCCAGGUUGAGUUUCAGGUGUGGUGUACUCAAAAUUACCAAGGGACAGAUUCUGCCACCCUUUCUGGUGCUGCGUAGUACCUUACUGUGCAAGUAGUACCUUUGCUUCACAGGUAAUCCCACUGAAAUCAAUGCAAGUGCUCACAGAGUAAAAUACUACCCAGUGGAGUAAGGGUGGCUGAACCUGGAACAAAGUAAAUCAGAGUAUUUUGGGUUAGAUUGUGUCCAUAUGGGGGAUAGGAAGGGCUGAUCUUCUGGGCUCGGAGUAGGAGCCACUAAGAAUCAUAGCCUCUUUGUUCAGGAAGAGACAGUUGCUCAGUCUGGGAGUUAUUUGCUGAAAACAGAACAAGGAAGCAUGGGGAGGGGUGAGAGCAGGUGGAGUCAUGUCUCCGUCCUCCCUGUGCGUUGUGAGCAGGGAGCACGCUGCACUUUUUAAAAGUUAUGUAGCAAAUUAUUCUCCCAUCCACACCCAAGCACAACUGGGCCAGUGCAUCUCCACACAGCCUUUCAAUGGGCUGUGCCAAACAGGAGCCAUUAGAUCUUGAUUAAUGCUCCAUCUGUUACAUACAAAUGAGUAACUGCCUGUAACAAAGAAUAUCCCAAGACAAGUGAGGUCACGGGAAAAAGAGCAUAGCAGAUUCUUCAUAUUUUUUUAAAAUUUGCUUUAAAAUGUUUUCCUUUUUAAAAAUAUUUUUGAAAAAUGCAAAAUAAGUGCUUAGACAGUUCCAUGAGAGGUGAAGGGUUUGCUGGAUGCAAAACCUACCUGAUGAGCAUCUGAGGUACAUUCAUUGGUACCCUACCACUAUCCUUCUUAGUAUUGUGGAAAUAGCAAUUGUGGUGGGUAUUUCUGCUUAUUUAGAUGAGGAUGCUUUUAAAUCUAGCUGCGAAAGUACGAGCAGUGCUGAUACGGGAAACAUACAUUCUGUACUCUCAUAUUACAAAGCAACGAAGCACCAAAAAUGCCUACAACAUUUUUCUGUAAAUAUUUUUAAAGAAAAAAUCCCUACGAUAUAUAGUAUACCCUGAAUUGCUGAUAGGAAAUCCAUGGAAUGGUUAGUUACCUGUAUGGUAAAUUCAUUUAGGAUUUCUUUGCACUGGUUUAUAUUAAUUUAAUUAGGGUAAAUCCUUUUCCUUACUAUAACCAUUGUCUAAAUUAUUCCAAUUACUAAACAGUACUUUAGAGACUAACAAAUUUAUUAGAGCAUAAGCUUUCGUGAGCUACAGCUCACUUCAUCGGAUGCAUCCGAUGAAGUGAGCUGUAGCUCACGAAAGCUUAUGCUCUAAUAAAUUUGUUAGUCUCUAUGGUGCCACCAGUACUCCUGUUCUUUUUGUGGAUACAGACUAACACGGCUGCUACUCUGAAACCUAAACAGUACUUUGUAUGCACAUGUUUUUAUGCAACAUUCGGCAUAUAAAUAGUUAACAUGAGGGACAGUUUUGUAUGUGUGUCUAUUGUAUGUAUGCACCCACCUUGUCUGUCUAUUGUAUACAUAGGAUUAAUUGGGUAAUGUGGCCUGUGAAUGUACUGAUGUGCCUCUUUGAAUAGAUUGCACAAAAAACAAUAUUUCCCUUUUUGUAGGUGAAAACAGUCCAGCUUGUAACAUUGGCAAACCCAGUCUUCUGCAUAAAUAAAUGUAGUUCAUGCUGUAUUUUACUAGGUUAUUGUGUGUGGGAUGUUGCCAUUCAGUCGGUGGUUUAGAGAUAAGGGAUCUAUUACUACCAAACUCUCCUUUAGCUCAAGUGGCAGAGGUCUGUGUUUUUGGAGCUACAAGGACAAAUAUAAUAAAGCUCAAGCCUAUAAGUGGCUAAGCGCCUCCUAUGAGGUGUUGAGCACCCUCAAUUGUUGUGCAUGCUCAACUCAUCAUAGAAUCAAGCUGUUAUUGUGACAAUCGUAGGUUUAUUUCACAGCACGCUUAUAUAUGUAUGUGGUGGUCUCUUUUGUAAAAAUGAAGUCUCAGUGGUAUUAGCCCUUACUGUAGCACAGGGGUCGGCAACCUUCGGCACGCGGCCUAUCAGGGUAAUCUGCUGGUGGGCCGCGAGACAUUUUGUUUACGUCGACCAUCUGGAGGCACGGCCCCCUGCAGCUCCCAGUGGCCGCGGUUCUCCAUUCCCAGCCAAUGGGAGCUGCAGGAAGCAGAUAUUUAAGCAGACCUUAAAUAGUAAAAUAGUUGCCUUGUAAAUGAUUGGCAUAAUCCCUCGCAUAUAUUUGCUAGUUUAAAGGCUUAAUUUAUUUAUUGUUAAUGAGUGUUAAUGAGCAUUUCCUUCCACUGCACUCUCACUAAGGGCUUAUCUGCACAUGGAGUUAUUCAGAAACAGCCAUUCCUGAAUAACUCUACAUGCAGCCGCCUUUAUUCAGGAAUAGGAAUGCCUUGGGUCUGUUUGGCUUAACCCAGAAAGUGUAUUAAACUAAAUAGGGGCAGGACAGCCUUAUAUUGGAAUAAGAGUGUCCCACGUGGAGUUAUUGUGUACACAAACCCCUAGUGAGACAGCAUUUCCAUGUGGAUAAUCAACAUGCACAUUUUCCAUAUGUUCCGCCUUUGUGCUUGGAGAAGAUAAGAAAAACCUUUCUCCCAGCAUUCUUCUUUAAAUGCCAAAAAGCCUUUUGUUUAAAUACAAUGUGCUCCUUCUUUGUGUCAGACAAAUCCUUAUCUACAACACUCUUGCCAAGGAGUGCUGCUGUUGAUGCUUGUUAUCUCUCCACUUAGUGCAUUUGAUGGUUUCGUUACCUCUUAUGUCUGCCCAAGUGUUAUUUUAAAUUUUUGCUUUGAUGCCGCUCUUUGCAAGUAUCUGACAUGGUGUUAAAUACUUGCAGUCUUCAAAGAGAAACCAAGUUUGCUUUCAAAGAUUAGAAGCAGGGUGUAAUGUUUGUGUUGUGCUUGGGGGGAAGGAGGGAGGUUUAGGAAUUGCUGGGCUGCUGGCCUGUCUUGCAAAGCUCAGGAAGGACUAACACCAUGCCAAGAGUCUGUUCAGGCCCUUCCUUCAGGGUACUGUUUAAUCUUCAAACACAAAACUCACCAACAAACACAAAGCAGGUGCCCAGAAGCCCUUUGUGUCUCUCUUUACCCCACUCCCUUUCACUUCCAGGGUCUGCCACAGAACAGGAGCCAAACUCCUUCCUGCAGCAACCCCUUCAGCUGAGCUUGUUCAGCCCUUUACAGGAAUCCCCUGACCCCUUUCCCUCCACCCAGCCCAAACACCCAUUCUUAAAGGGGUUCUGCCUAACAAUAGGGCUGGCUGACCCCAUGCGUCUUGGCCCUUAAAGUGGGUGACCAUCCCAUUACAGGAAUACUUUUUUGUUUUCCAGUGAUAGAUUUGCCUAUUUGGCUCUUCCCCCUUGGGUUUCAUAUCUCUUCUCUAAAUGUCUCCACAGGAUACCCUUUCCUGUGUAACCCAUACUUCCUCUGAUGAGGAAAGAUGAAAAGAGUUCAAUCAAUAUGUGGAACAUGGCCAAAUGGUGACUCAGACCCUGAUCCUGCAAAGACUACCGCACAUGUUUGUCUUUAUGUCUGUGAGUUCACCUGGAUGUGGGAAUAGUCAUGGCAUGUCUGCAGCUGCCUUAGCAAGCACCUGCCAGCUCAGGCUUCGCCUCAGAUAAGCAACAGAAUUGGCCUUAGCUAUUUUUGAAAGUCUUGAAAAACAAAUCUUUGUGUCCUCCCUUUCUCAUAAACAUUCCUGAUUCCCUCAUAAUCCUGCGAAGGUGUCCAGGGGCAGAUUAGGAAGAGUUAGUGAGAUGAUUCUAUGCAGUACACUAUGAAUAACUGACUUUCUAAUUGCUAAUAUCUAACCUAAAUCGCCUUUGCUGCAGAUUAAGACAAUUACUUCUUGUUUUUCCUUCAAUAGACAUGGAGAGCAAUUGAUCACAGUCUUCUUUAUAACAGCCUUAACCUUUUUGAAGACUUUUAUAAGGUCCCAGCUCAGUCUUCCUUUCUCAAGACUAAACAUGCCCAAUUUUUUAACCUUUCCUCAUAGCUCAGGUUUUCUAAACCUUUUAUCAUUUCUGUUGCUCUUUCCUAAAGUGUGGUGCCCAGAGUUGGACACAGUACUCCACCUGGGGCCUCACCAGUGCUGACUAGAAAGGGACAAUUAGCUCCUGUGUUUAUUCACCAUUCCUGAUAAUACACCUCAGAAUGAUAUUCAUCUUUUUUGCAACUGCAUCACAUUUUUGACUCAUAUUUAAUUGGUGAUCCACUAUAACUUCCAGCUUCUGUUCAACAGUACUACCACCCUGUCAGUCCCCAUUUUAUAAUUGUGUGUUUGAUUUUUCCUUCCUAAGUGUAGUACUUUGCACUUGUCUUUAUUGACUUUCGCCUUGUUGAUUUCAGACCAAUUCGUUAAGGUUGUUUUUAAUUCUAAUCCUGUCCUCCAAAGUGUUUGCAACCCCUCCCAGCUUGUUGUCUAUAAAUUUUAUAAACAUACUCUCCACUCCAUUAUCAAAGUCAUCAUUGAAAAUAUUGACUAGUAGAGGAUCCAGAUCUGACCCCUGCACGGGCUCAGUAGAUCCACCCUCCUAGUUUGACAGCAAACCAUUGAUAACUAUUGUGAGUGUGGUGUUUUAACCAGUUAUACACCCACCUUACUGUAAUUUUAUUUAGACCACCUUUCCCUAGUUUGCUUAGGAGAGGAGAAAUCCUGCUACUUUCAACUAUAAUCCUUUCAACUAUAGUAAUCAUGUUACAUCUAUUUACAUUUUCAAGUCUAAUUUAGCAAGAAAAAUAGCUAGAAAUGUAGUUUGUGUUCUUUCUUUCUUUCCUUCUUUCCUUCCUUCCUUCUUUCCUCCUUUCUUUCUUCAAAAAAUGAGGUUUGCUGAGUCUGGUUCCUGAGGCCAGCUUGUACAAGCUCCAUUCACUCCUAUCCCCCAGCCACCUCCUGCUCAUCAGUCGGUAUAUACCCAAACAAGUGAUAUUUAUUCUUUUUUUGCACUGUUGAGGAUUGUUUGCAGAGGGAACUGAGAAACAGUGUUAAAGAUUUCCCACAACCACUGUGACUUCUGUCCUGCUGGAGGCCACGGAUCAGGAAUAGGACAGUUUUAAAUACAUAUUUUAAGGGAAAUACAUUUUUAAACUAAACUUCAUUCUCAAAGUAAGCCAUCUUUUGUCACAAACAUGAACACCUAAAAUCAGAAAAUACUGUAGAAAGCUAAACCCGAAAAGCAUAACAAUGAGCCAAAUUUUGAAGUCUGCCUGACUAGUCCUUACUCAGGCAAACCUCUGUUGCCUUCACUGAGAAUUUCACCAGAGAAACCACAGACUAAAAAGGAAAUAAAGGUUUGACCCAGUAAGGAUAUCCUCCUCAAAGUAAGUCAAUGGGGCUUAAUAUGGAUGCACAACUCAUUGCAGGAUCGGGGCCUAAGUAUUGUCAGUUCAAAUUUGUGAGCACCCAAUAAUUAUUUUUGAAAAAGAGGAAUUGUUCAACUCAAUUUUGUUUUUCAAAGUGCUGAAAUUACUGAUUGCCAUUUACAAAUUAUUAAUAAAUGUAAUCAAUGUAUGUAAAGAAAUUUCUGGUUUUUAAAAAUGUAUUCUACAAGUAUAUUCUAAUUACAGUACGUAGUUAUGCUCCUUGUUGAUUUAUCUGGACAUUUGUGUUGUCAGCUCUUGUUUUUCCCAAAGAUUCCAUGGGGAUGGAGCUAAUUUAAACACAGAAAAGGUCAAAAUCUUGUUUUCAAACUUUUCUUGAAUACAAUUAGCUUAAUAUUUUAACAGCUGGAAGCUGUAGUAAUUACUUUUAGAUUAUACACAAAAUGUGUUGAAGUAUAAUUACUCUGAUCUAUGAACCAGGUAAUUAAGGUAAAAACUCCCACAUUUUCUUAGACCUCAUUAAUGUAUUUCUUUUGAAAAUGGUUGGAUAAUGACAGGAAUCAUUAAAGCACAUUAAAAGUUUAUCCAUAAAAUGACAUUGAGUAAUUGAAAUCUUUAUCCUGGGACAUUAAAGGACAGAAUAACAUUGAACUGCUCAAUGUACUGACAGUUAUUUCUUGAUUUCCAGUACAGAUUUCAUACACAUUUGGGGGGAAACUGGCCAAUCAAACUGAGCAAAUGGCAAGGGUGAAUCCUCACCCAGCUGCAACUGAGGCUACAAGAGCCCUUUUAUAGUGGAAAAGGGCUGCAGCCGGGGUGAGGAUCUCACCCCUGGUGUUUCUGACAAAGAUUUUGCCCUUUGUACAUGAAUCAGGAGAUGACGUUCCAAUUGACUAUUGGGUUGCUGGGCUUGAUAUGUUACUCAUCAGUGUAGUUAUGGCAAGACACACAAUUACGUUAGGAGCAUUGAAAAAGCUUCAGGAAACAUGGUGAGACACAUUUCUAUUACAUUAUGUGGUAUAACGAUAUAUUUUGUAAAUUUUUAGACUGGAAAUUAAUGUCCUGAACAUGAUACCGAAACGAUCGUUUUUGCUUAUAAACGAACGAUGUGUUGAAUAAAAGAUAAUCAAAGUGUGUUACCUUUCAUUUUU